GUUUUUAGAACAAAGGCAUAAUCCUGUGAUUCUCAAUCAAGGACCAGGAAGGAGCGUCAUUCUGAGAUCUCAGCCAUUUCGAUAUAAUUGAACGUAAGAAACCCAACAGGAAAAUUCAGAGCAUGUUAGUCUUCUAGACCGCUGAUUCAUGGAUUUGUAAAACCGGGAAAGUAUGUAUGAUGUUGGUUUACAGACCCAGCGACCUGAGAACCGGCCAUCUGCUGCUUGCACUUCUGCUCCUCGCAUCCUGGGAGAUCGGGAUUUGCCAGGUCCACUACUCGGUCCCCGAAGAGGCCAAACACGGUACUUUUGUGGGUCGCAUCGCGCAGGACCUGGGGCUGGAGCUGGCGGAGCUGGUGCCGCGCCUGUUCCGGGUGGCGUCCAAAGACCACGGGGACCUCCUGGAGGUAAAUCUGCAGAAUGGCAUUUUGUUUGUGAAUUCUCGGAUCGACCGCGAGGAGCUGUGCGGGCGGAGCGCGGAGUGCAGCAUCCACCUGGAGGUGGUGGUGGAGCGGCCGCUGCAGGUUUUCCACGUGGAGGUGGAGGUGAAGGACAUUAACGACCACUCCCCGGUAUUCUCCGUCUCAGAACAAAAGCUGGCAAUACCGGAAUCUCGACUGCUUGACUCUCGAUUUCCACUAGAAGGCGCCUCUGAUGCGGAUGUGGGAGAAAACGCAAAGCUUACUUACAGACUCAGCCCAAAUGAGUUUUUCAUUCUUGAUAUUAUAAACAAGAAAGGCAGAGGCAAGUACCCAGUGCUUGUGCUCCGGAAACUGCUGGAUCGCGAAGAAAAUCCUCAGCUUUUGUUGUUCUUAACGGCAACGGAUGGAGGCAAACCCGAACUUACUGGGUCUGUCUCUCUGCUGAUCCUGGUGUUGGAUGCCAACGACAAUGCCCCGAUAUUUGACCGAUCCAUAUAUGAAGUUACGAUGUAUGAAAAUGCACCAAACCAAACGUUAGUAAUACGGCUAAAUGCUUCUGAUGCAGAUGAAGAAAUAAACAAGGAAUUGAUAUAUUCAUUUAGCUCCUUGGUUUCACCCAGCAUAAGAAGGAAAUUUCUAAUGAAUGAAAGGACGGGAGAAAUAAGAGUAAAUGAUGCCAUUGACUUCGAAGAUAGUAACGCCUAUGAAAUACAUGUAGAUGUUACAGAUAAAGGAAACCCACCAAUGGCUGGUCACUGCACUGUCCUAGUGGAAAUCCUGGAUGAAAAUGACAAUUCACCCGAGGUGGUUGUCACUCCGCUGUCUCUCCCGGUGCCAGAGGAUGCUCAGUUGGGCACUGUCAUCGCCUUGGUCAGCGUGUCUGACCGUGACUCUGGCGCCAAUGGGCAGGUGACCUGCACCCUAACACCCCAUGUUCCCUUCAAGCUGGUGUCUACCUUCAAGAAUUACUAUUCACUGGUCCUGGACAGCGCCCUGGACCGCGAGAAGGUGUCACACUACGAGUUAGUGGUGACAGCGCGGGACGGGGGCUCGCCUUCGCUGUCGGCCACAGCCAGCGUGUCCGUGGAGGUGGCCGACGUGAACGACAACGCGCCGCUGUUCGCGCAGCCCGAGCACACGGUGUUCGUGAAGGAGAACAACCCGCCCGGCGGCCACAUCUUCACGGUGUCGGCGCGGGACGCGGACGCGCAGGAGAACGCGCGGGUGUCCUACUCGCUGGUGGAGCGGCGGGUGGGCGAGCGCGCGCUGUCGAGCUACGUGUCGGUGCACGCGGAGAGCGGCCAGGUGUCCGCGCUGCAGCCGCUGGACCGCGAGGAGCUGGAGCUGCUGCAGUUCCAGGUGAGCGCGCGCGACGCGGGCGAGCCUCCUCUGGGCAGCACCGUGACGCUGCAGGUGUUCGUGCUGGACGAGAACGACCACGCGCCCGCGCUGCUGCCUCCGGCCCAGCGCCUGCUGGUGCUGGUGAAGGACCAUGGCGAGCCGGCGCUGGUGGCCACUGCCACGGUGCUGCUGUCUCUGGUGGACAGCGGCCAGGCGCCGAAGGCCUCUUUGCGGGAGUCCUCUGGCUCCGCGAGCGCGGAGGCGGCGCUGGUGGACGUGAACGUGUACCUGAUCAUCGCCAUCUGCGCGGUGUCCAGCCUGCUGGUGCUCACCCUGUUGCUCUACACAGCGCUGCGGUGCUCCGCGCAGCCCACGGAGGGCGCGUGCGGGCCGGGGAAGCCGGUGCUGGUGUGCUCCAGCGCCGUGGGGAGCUGGUCGUACUCCCAGCAGAGGCGGCAGAGGGUGUGCUCUGGGGAGGGGCCGCCCAAGACGGACCUCAUGGCCUUCAGCCCCAGCCUACCUCCGUGUCCAGUACCGGAGGUGGAAACGGAAGAACAGUCUAUUGGAGGGGACCACUCUAGGAAGGUGGGUAGUACUUUUUAA